UACACAGGUCCAGGUGUUACGCAACAAGGACAGAAAAGGAGUAAAAGCGUGUUUGCUUCUCUGGUAAACAGCUGUGAGCAGGAGAAGAGGAAGGUCUACAGCCGCCAGCAUGUCUUCUGCUCCGGGCAAGUUACUGCCUCGACCUGAAAUCUUUGAUUUCCAGGGAGUCUCGAUGACUCGCUUCUUCACAGACAACUGGGAGAACGUUCAGAACUUCCAGGCCAAGCCGGGUGAUAUUCUCGUUGCAACAUACCCCAAAGCAGGAAACACCUGGGUCUCCUACAUCCUUGACCUCCUAUAUUUUGGUCAAACAGAGCGCCAGACUAUCCCGAUAUUUGAAAGAGUGCCUUUAUUGGAGCUCACAAGCCCAGGUUUUGGUUCAGGAAAAGACGCAGUGGACAAGCUCCCCACCUCUCCUCGAGUCAUUAAAACUCACCUUCCUGUGCAGUUUGUGCCAAAGUCCUUUUGGGAGCAAAACUGCAGGAUCAUCUACGUGGCCCGCAAUGCCAAAGACAACGUGGUGUCAUAUUUCCACUUUGAUCGCAUGAACAGGAUGCAGCCGGAGCCCGGAGGCUGGAGCAGCUACGUCCACCGAUUCAUGGAGGGGAAAUUGAUGUUCGGGUCCUGGUACGACCACGUGAACGGCUGGUGGAAGAAGAAGCAGACUUACCCCAAUCUCCAUUACGUUUUCUACGAGGAUCUGGUGGAGGAUACCGGGCGGGAAAUAGAGAAGCUCUGCUGCUUCCUGGGUUUGUCCCGUUCGGACGAGGAGAAGAAGAGAAUUAUCGAUAGAUCGCAAUUUGAUAACAUGAAAAAGGACGACAUGGUCAACUACUCCAGCAUAGCUGUGAUGGAUUUCAAAAUCUCCCCUUUCAUGAGAAAAGGGAAAGUCGGUGACUGGAGGAACCACUUCUCUGAGGCCCAGAGUCUCCAGUUCGAUGAAGACUACAGGAAGAAGAUGACAGACGUCACUCUUCAGUUCCGCUGCGACAUCUGAUGCAGGACGGCCGAGGGGCAGAUGUGGAGACGACUCCUGAAGUGUGUCUCUACAUGCUACUUACAUCCGAAUGAAGGACGAGAGCCACGUGUUGUGACCUCAUAGACUCGUACACAUCCCCCAGGUGGAGUCAGAAGAUGACAACAAAGCGGUGGAAAUUUCUCCAAUCCAUAAAUGAUAGGAUAAUUGUUGUGAAUGAAUGCAUGGUUAAGAAAUUCAUUCUAUUGUUAACUUUUUACCAUCCUGUAAGGAUGCAAGUCUGCGUCAUCGUAUUGUGUAAGUAAUUAAUGAAUAAAAUUCUAGCACUGAAAAUUGUGGCAAGCUUGGCCAGAUGAAUGAGACAGGAGUCUUAACCUUCUUUCGCUGUUUUUCCUGUGUUUCAUACACCCAAAGACCUUAGGAUGUGGACCCCUCA